AUGGAUGGAUGGAUGGAUGGAGGGAUGGGUGGGUGGGUGGAUGGAUGGAAGGACAGACACUCCUGCAGCCCCCACAGCCUGCAGAGGGAAAAGAGGAAAAAGAGGACAAAAAGGACGAGGAUGGUGAGAAGACGGAGGAGGACAUUGAGGGCAUCCUGCGCUAUGAGGAGUGCAUUGCUGGGCUGCUGGCCACAGUGGCCCAACUGCACCGGAGAGCAGAGCAGCUCCAGUGCCGCACCAGCAGGGAGGAUGAGGAGGGCUGGGAGGGCACCACCAGCCUCCCUACUGCCAGCCCACAGCAACACCGCUUCGACGACACGCUCAGUGCUGCCACGGGUCUGGGAGCCCACAGCUCCGACCUCUUCGCGGACCUGCAGAACGUCGUGAGCUCGCUGGAGCGCACCGUGUUCUCCCGGCACCAGCGCGCACCGGUGCGGCCUGCGCCCAGCAAGGAGUGGGCACGAGCGGCCAAGAGCCUGGAGGAGCUGGACCGGAGCCCGGGCCGGGCCGGGCGGGCAAUGGGACAGGCUCUGGAGGAGGCAGCGGCAGAGGAGGCGGCGGUGGCGGUGGCGGCAGCGGCACUGGCAUCGAGGAACGCGGCGCUGCGGGCAGCCCUGGGGCACCGCCAAGAGGAGCUGAGCCGGGCCACGGCGGCGCUGCGGGUGCUGCGGGGGGAGCGCGACCGGCUGCAGCUCAAGGUUCGCGACUUGCGGGAUGCUCUGUCCAGGCUGGAGGAGCCGGGGGGCUCCGGGAGUGACACCGCCGGGGUCGGAAGCCCCCCGGUGCACAGGGAACCCCAGGUGAGUGCACGGUGGAGCCUGCCCCGGUGCCGUGCUCCUCCUGUCUCGGUGCCGGGCUCUGCCUUGUCCCGGUGUCAGUCUCGGUGCCGGGCUCUGCCUUGUCCCGGUACCUGUGCCGGUACCGGGCUCUGCCUGUCCCCUCUGCAGGACUCGCCCCAGUGCAGUGAGGAUGCUCAGCCCCACAACCCCCUCCCCCCCCAACCCUCGGAGGGUCCCAGCCAAGAGCAGCAGGAGCGGGUGCAGCAGCUGCAGGGAUCCCUGGCGAGGCUGCAGGAGGUGAACCGGGAGCUGGCGGCCGCGCUGCAGGACUGCAAGAGCGACGCGGAGCGGCUCAGCAUGGUGCUGGGGCAGCACGAGUCCUGCAGCACCGCGCUGCGCCUGGCCCUGCGCUGCAGCGAGCGCUGCGGGGGGGCCUACGCCGCCCUCCUUGACCUGAUGUGGACAAAGGUGCGCCGGGAGGAGUAUGGGGCCCAGGGGGGAGACAUGGGGCAGCAGAGCCCGGGGUAUGGAUGGGUGUCCAGCCCCACACCAGCAGAGGGGCUACAGUUCCAGGGCCGAGUGGAGCCGAAUGGGCAGGAGGAGAGUGGGGACAGCAGCUCCACCGCACUGCAGAGCACGCCAGCACCGCGCGGGAUGGAGGAAGGGGCCCUUCGUGAGCACAUCCGCCGGCUGCGCGCGGAGCAGGCGGCCGUGGAGGCUUCUCUGCAGGACCCCCCAGCACCCAGCAGCACCCACCGCAGCGAGGACACCCGGGCCCGCGCCGAGCGGGUGCUGCAGGAAGCUCGGGCUCAGCUGCCCGGCUGGAGACGGCCAGAGAAAGCAGAGCUGCUGCAGGAGCUGGCGAUGCUCAAGGAGGCCAUGGCUGACUUGAAGAUGCGGUUGCAGCUGGUGGAGAGGGAAAAGCAAGGUCUAGAGGUGCUGGAAGCUGCGCAGGGCCCGCGGGAGUCUGCAUUGCACCUGGUGCUCCAGCACCUGCAGUGGGAGAGGGAUGAGGGGUUCGGCCACCCCCCCAGCAGCUCUAGCAGCAGCAAGGAGGAUGCCCAAAGUAGCCAGGUGGGAGCAGCGGCUCCUGGGUACCCUCCGGGCCCGGCGAGGAUGGGUGAAGAGCUGCUUCGUACCAUGAGCCGGACAGAGGAGCUGCGCGCCCGGGCACAGGCCCUGGUGCGUGCCCUGGAGGAGAGCAGUGCCAUCAGCCGCGCGCAGCAGGCGCAGUGUGUCACCGUCACUGCGGACUUCUUCCAUGCUCACAGCGCGCUGGCCCUGGCGUACCGCGGCGCCCGGCGGAAGCAGGCGGCUCAGCUGCGGCGGCUGGAGGGGCAGGCGGGGGCCCUGCGCAGGCAGCACGCCCGGCAGACGCAGGCGCUCACCCGCAGGCUGCACAGCCUGGAGCAGGGCACGGCCGGCAGCGAGACCUGCAUCUAGAGACCCCCAGGGACCCCCGUGCCGGCAGGACGCCGCUGUAUCCCCAGGGAGAAUAAACCACUGAUGCUCAUG